AUGGUCUCGCAUACAAACCGCCUCUACCUCCGGCGUCUCCUCCGCUCGCGCUUCCCCAAGAUCGUCUUCAUCCUUCUCAUCAUCAUAAAUAUCCUCGACGUUCUCCGUAUUCACAAGAACCUAAUCGAUGCCGACCGCACGCCCGCUCCAAAGCUCUCGCAGCCGCCAGAGCGCAUCUACAUCGCUAGCAUGCACUUCAAUAACGAGCGCGUGAUACGAGACCAUUGGGGACCUGCAGUUGUACAACUGUCUAAGCUUCUCGGGAAGGAGAAUGUCUUUGUUAGCGUGUACGAGAGUGGGAGCUGGGAUAAAACGAAAUGGGAGCUGAACAAGAUGGCAAUAGAGCUGGAGAAUAUGGGCAUUCCACAUCGCGUGGAGAUGUCGGAGUCGACGCAUAAAGAUGAGAUCGAGAAUCCGAAUAAGGGCGAGGGCUGGAUCAAUACGCCGAGAGGGAAGCGCGAGUUACGAAGAAUACCGUUCCUGGCCAAGUUAAGGAAUAGGACGUUACAGGACUUGAUCGACUUGCAGAAGAAGGGUCAACAUUUCGACAAGGUUUUGUUUCUCAACGACGUCGUUUUUACGAUCGAUGAUGUUCUCAAGCUAUUGGGCACAAACGGCGGCGAUUAUGCUGCAGCCUGUUCGCUUGACUUCUCGAGACCACCAGAGUAUUAUGAUACAUUUGCGCUGAGGGAUACCUCUGGAUAUGCGCAUGCAAUGCAUACAUGGCCAUACUUUAAGUCAAGCGUUUCGAGAAAUGCGCUUGUAAACCAUGUGGAUGCUGUGCCUGUUGCCAGUUGCUGGAACGGAAUUGUCGCAAUGCCUACUGAGCCUUUCACCUCUUCUUCCAAACUCCGCUUCCGCGGUAUCCCGGACUCCUUAGCAGAGCGUCAUUUAGAAGGCUGCGAGUGCUGCCUCAUUCACGCAGACAACCCUCUCACCAAGACCCGAGGUGUAUAUCUCAACCCUCAUGUCCGCGUGGGCUAUAAUUCCGCCGCAUACAAGGUUGUACACCCUGAACAAGGUGCAUGGGUUUCUACAUGGCAGAUCUUCUCUGGACUCUGGAUCAACCGCAUUAUGCGAUGGGUCUCAGCACCUUUUGACUCGUUAGUGGUGAGAAAGCGUGUAGCGGCGUGGGAGAAGGAGGGUAUAGGGAGAAGAGAGCCUGGUGAGUUUUGUCUGAUUAACGAGAUGCAAGUUCUCGUUGAGCGAGGCUGGGCACAUGUUUAG